UCCUUCAUCCCUCUUGCUUAAUUUCAUGUAUGUUAUUACUUCUAGGGUUAUUAUUGAUCCGUUUUCACUUCUUUAUGGCACUAGUUGGUACAUGGUUCCCUAUUUCUCUUUCCUUUAUAGGUUCGGUGUUCUUCAUUGAUAUUCGUAAUCUAAUUGACGUAAUUGAGGAAAUAUUAUGUUUUCAAUUUUCAUGUUGAUAUUCAUUACUUCAUGCUGCCGAUUUUGGUGGAUGGGGUUUACCUUCUUCCUGAAGAGUUUUAAGUGUUUAUAUGGAUCCAGAUACGCAGACAAUUAGACCAACAAAAACCUUUAUCCCAAACUAGUUAGAGCAGGCUGACAAAUGAUUAUACUGAUUUUAUGUUCUUAGCUUGCUGUUGCAUAAAAUUAUGCUCUUAUUGCUAUAGUUUUCAACUCCUUAUCUAACUUACCCUUGUUCUCUAAUAAGACUUUUGGUUAAUUUGAUGCCUACAAUGCACAAACCAGCAAAGGUUCAACCAUAUUGUUCUAAAAUAAGGAAGGGUCCAAAAGUGCCUAUCUGUAUUCAAUGUGGAAGUAUACAAGACUAUGUUCUUUUGGUUUGCUUUCUAGGUCACCCAGUAUUGACCUGGAGUUUCUGGAUGCAAGGACUAAUGAAUGUUUUAGACCACUAUAAUCAAACCAAUAUCGUGAGACAACAGGAUAAAGACAUGCAGUUCUUUCUACUUAAAGCCCCCUGUUCACUUAGAGUGUGUUUAUGUGGCAAAUACGUCCUUAUGAAGAUUUCAGUGGGUUGUAGCCUUGUAGGGCUCCUCUUUUGCUCAGUUGAACAUUUGUUUCCUAAAUAAUUGGCCAAAAUCUAAAUGUGGUCAAGGCUGAUUUUUUUCAAGGACAAUGUAUACUUCUUUACAUUGAUACAUGUAUAGUGACCAUUCCAUUAAGACUAGUUAGCUAAUUAUGUUAAUCACAAGUGUUUAUGUAAGGGUUGGGCAAUUGAUUAAUUGUGUAAAUAGUUGGAGAAACAAAGUCUAUCUGUGUAUGCAUGCAUAUGAGUAAUUCCGAGACUGAAAAUCAUGCAGCUAAAAGAGGAAACCUAAAAGGGAGAAAAAAGUUACCUAUGAUGCCUUUUGGCAAGAAAAUGAAAGAAGACUAUUACAAACUGAAAAUCAGAGUUGCUGGUUCACCAGUCGGGUAAGCUAAAAGAGAGUGCAUAUUAUGUGUGUAUGUCAAAGCUAAAAAUCAAACCAACCAAUAUAAGAAAACUAGAAAGAAAAAGAGACCUGAGCUAUAUGUGGACAGAAUCCAUAAAUUGAUUCAAUGUGCCAGACUGCCAGGAGAGAUUAUGUUAUGUGCCAAAGCUAGAAGUCAAACCAACCAAAAUGAUAAAGAUGAAAGUCAAAUGCUCUAACAAGGUAGAGUGCUGCUACAAGUGCUACUGGGUUGAUAAUCUGUCAUGAUAUAGCUGCGAUAGGAAAACAAAACGAUUGGAAAUCAACAUGUCAUAAGGAGCAAGGAGGGGGAAGAAAUAAGUACUGCAAAAAAAUUGUUAGCAAGAAAGAAUGAAAAUAAAAGAAGACAACUGUUGUGUUUGAUCCAGUCUGUCAGUUGUGUGCAGGGCUGCUGAAGCUGCAAAAACCUGGUAAAACUGUCAUUUCCAAGGCUACUAGUCAAUAGAUAAUGCGUGGCCAAGAAGUGAGUACAAAGAAUGCUUAAAGUCAAACAAAAUUACACCAAAAGGGAAGGGAUGCAGUCUGAAGGUUAGGAAAAGACAACAAUGUUGGGUUUUAGAACUAGGAUAUAGGCUAGAAACCCCAAAGAGAAUACAUAGGUCUUAGUGGAGGGGUAUGGCAUCGCUUCUCUUUUCUUUGUAGUAUCAGCCUGAAAAUAUGAGAAGUUGAGAACUCAAAGCAAGAGGGAGAGAGGAGCAAGUUCAGGUUCUAGCAAGAAGAGCUCACUUGUUAUUUGAAACUCUAAGCACAAAUCAAUGAACCAUUGGUGAUGAAGGUUCUUAAGGUCAAGAGAUAAAGUUGGUUUUAUGUUGCUACAAGGACCUAUAUAAGAAGCUUAUCAUAAGAUAAGAAGCACAAUUCCGUUUCUGUCCACUUCCAUUGAGCCUAUUGUUUAUUUCAUUUGGCUGGACUGUUUGAAUACGUGUCAUUUUGUUAUUGAUUACUCUGUAAAUUCUUGCAUGAGUGUCUAUGUGGUUCAAUAGUGUUCAUGAUAACAUUGAGUUACCAAUUUCUUAUGCAUAAUGAACAAUCGUUAUAUCACCUAUAUUUGAUUCAUACAUGAGGUAAGGAGAUGAGAAAGUAUAUGAUUGGUUGGCCUACAUGGCAAUGAUAGAGAAUUAUUGGUAAUUUGGUAUACUUUGACAAAUGACGUGCCUAUAAGGGUAUGGUGUGAAGCCUUUGGAGAUGACAAGUUGAUCUGACCCUUCUACAUGCAUGUGUAUGAAGUAUGAACCAUGUAGUGCUGUUUCAACACUAAUAUCUUAUGACACAUCCUCCUAUUGGCUAUUCCGUUGUGUUAAUGAUUAUCUUUUGGUAUUGAUAUUUUCAAGGCAUUCUUGCAUAAAAAUAUUCCUAUCUUUUGUGGAUAGUUACUGAGCAUUGUUGCUCACUUCUUACAUUUCCCCCACCCAGGUUUUGAGGCAGGAACCUUUACUGAAAAGCGGUAGUGGAUAUAGAUUUUAAAAUUCUUAUGUAUUAGUCACAAGGUUGUAAACUUGUAAUUCCUUGAGGAUUUGUAGUGAAUAUUAUGAAUGUAAUGCAUAUGCAAUGAUGCUUUAUUAUGCUUUUGCAAGUUAUUUAUUUCGGUAUUAGGUAAGACUGACGCCCCACUUGCCAUAUUGCACAACGGUUGAGGUUAUGGGUGUCAGGAGUGAGGUGUUUUUCAAGUUGAUAAAGGAGUUAGGAGGCCUUUCAGUAAUCAAAAGCUUAAUUUGAAAGCAGAGCUUGGGAAGUGUGACAGAAAAUACGUUAACCAACUCAGUUGAUGAUGUUACAACCGCUGUUAAGAACAGAAAUUGUGAAAACAAACAGCAUACAACUAGCAAAACGAGCAACUUGGAGGGUGUGAGUGUAAGUUAUGAUACUUCCUCUGAAAAAGCUGAAACUACAAUUAAUAUGAGGAGUACGCUUGGUGAAUCUGAAGCUGUGGAAGUUUAUACAAAGUUAUUACCUGGUGAGGAUUUCAGGGUAGAACAUCACUCUUUACCAAACUGUCAUAGUAAUAAGACUAGUCAUAUGAAUAAGUUAUUGGAUCCUAGCAGUUUAGAUUGUCAUGGUGAACCCAACUUGUUAUCUAGUUCUGUUAUUCAGAAUACAGUGCCUUCUACUUCUACUGACAGUUUACUUGCACAAGGUUGUGAAAAAGUUGUUCCAUUACAAAUUGCUUCAGCGUCUAUGGAUUUCAAAGAUGUUGAAGGAAGUCAGUACCAUUCCAGCAGGCAGAGCAAAAUUUUUGAUGAUCCUAUUAGGAGGGUUGGUCUCGGUAACCCGUUGUCUGAGCUUUCUUCCCACCACUCGGGCUUAAUAAACAAUCUUUCUUUAGAAUUGCCUGCCCGUGCUGGCUACCGUAUGGGUUGUGAUGUAGAAAAAUCUUCACACAGCUCUGAUGAAUACGAGAAUAGUAAGGUCAAUGUAGUCAAUGAGAAGGAAAUAGUGACCAGGUGCCAAAAGAAAGAAGUGGAAACUAACAGUGAUGAUAAUCUGCCUGAAGACUCUUUAAAACCUCCAAAACAAGGUUUAGAAGAAGAGAAGGUUUCAAAUGUCCCUGCUACAGUAAAUGCAAAGGAAACGUCUUCGCAAAGCCAUCAUGCGGACGACAGCGACGAAUCAGAUUUUGUGGAGCAUGAUGUUAAAGUUUGUGAUAUAUGUGGAGAUGCAGGGCGGGAGGAUUUACUUGCUAUAUGUUGUAGGUGCAUUGAUGGUGCUGAACACACCUAUUGCAUGAAAGAAAUGAUAGAUGAAAUUCCUGAAGGUGAUUGGUUAUGUGAAGAAUGCAAAUUGGAUGAGGAAAAUAAAAACACAACCCGACAGAAGAAUGGUACAGAGACUGGAGCUGAAAAAGAUCAAUUUUCUGGUCAAGCAGAUACAGAGCCUGCUUCUACUUUUAUCAAGCCAGACACAAAAGGUUCGUCUGUUGAAGAACCUAGGACUGGUAAAGAUCAUUCAGUUAUGAAAGCUUCUAGCAAAAGGCGUGCAGAAGAAUCAGACUCUUCUUCAGCUGUCAAAAAACAGGCUCUUGAGAUGAUUACAGGAUCACCAAGGACAUCUAGUCCAAGCAAGCUACAUGCACUUACUGAUAGUUCAACCAAGGAUGUAGACCGUGGGAAAAUAAAGUCCAGCCACCAGUUCUCUUCUGAUUCUCUCUUUGGUAAUGAGGCUCCAGAGGCUGCUCGUUCCCCUGCUACACGUCCCCGGUUACAAUCUUUGAGAGGCUCUUUCACCAAGUCCAAUUCAUUCAAUAUCCCAAAUGCAAGGUCUAAAACUAAACUUGUAGAUGAGAUUGUUCUUCAAAGGCAGAAAUCGACCAAAGAACGUGCUUCUCAUGAUACAGUAGUAGCUAGAGAGAUGGGAAAAUCUGUCUCAUUUAGAUCUACGAACUUGGGGCGUUUAGGUGCAAGCGGUUCUAAAGUUAAGAUGUUAUCUCCAAAAUCAUCUCGUGUUCAGGAUCUUAAAGGUCUAAAAACCAAAAAGGAAAGGAUUUUUGAAAGGAAUAAUUCAGUUAAAUUACCAUCAGUGGGUAAUUUGAGUACUUCCAGUUCUGCUGCUUUGUCUCCAAAAGUGGAUAAAUUACUAGUAUCUCGUGGUGAAGCUACUCCAGUUUCUUCAGCAUGUAAUUCUGAAGUAAAGCCUUUGAAGGGCGAUAAUAAGAUGAUGGCGGGAUUAAAAUCAACCAAUCGUUCUGUCACGGGUGCAGAAGUUCCUGUUUCUUUGGGUCCAGUAAACAAGCAGCUGCCAUCCUCCCCCCCAGGGGUUGGAACUGCAACAUCUAGUGGAAUUAUCAGUUCUAUUGAACAAAAGUCUGUUGUGUUGAAGGAUGACAAUUCAUCAAAACUGGCUAUAUCUAGGGAAUCAUCAAGUCUUGCCGAUGGAAUCAAGGAAACUACUACUCCUAGUCACCUUGGACCGGGUUUAAUCCCUGGCAUGCCUGCUGUUUCUGGCCUGAACCAUAAACAUGUUGCUAAUUCUGCACAACUUCACACAGCUGAUAGACCUGCGCCAUUGGGUCUUAAUGCAUCAGCUACGAGAAGUUCAAAAGAGGUGAAAAACAGAGAUAACAAGUUAAAGGCCGCAAUUGAAGCAGCAUUGCUUAAAAAACCCGGAAUAUAUAGAAAGAAUAAAGUUUCUGAUCAAUCUGAUGAACCAUCUGUCUCAAGCAUGAAUAAUGAAGUAGCGUUUGUUGAUCGUGUACCACAUUCAAGGAAUGCGGGGAAUUUGACUUCUGCUGAGGUGCUAACUGACCGGCAGGGACAAGUUUCACGGAGUUCUAAUCCCGACCAUUGUAAACACUCAAAUGGAAAACAUUUCACAAGUGAACUAUCUAGCUAUGAUGCUGUAGCAUUGUCAUCUCUUUCGAAGGUUCCGGCAAUUCCUGAUCAUGAAUAUAUCUGGCAGUAUGGUUUCUUCUUAGGAAGUUUUGAGAUCAGUAGAAGUGGUAAAACAGCUGAAUUUUGGGAUGGGUUACAAGCACAUUUGUCAACUUCUGCAUCACCUAGAGUCUUUGAAGCUGUAAACAACCUUCCCCACAAAAUUCUUCUAAAUGGUGUAUCUCGCAUUAGUGCUUGGCCAGCACAAUUUGAAAAUAAUGGUGCGAAGGAGGACAAUAUUGCACUCUAUUUUUUUGCUAAAGAUGUUGAGAGCUAUGAGAAGAGCUACCAAGUUUUGUUGGAUGAUAUGAUUAGGGGUGAUUUAGCUCUUAUCGGAAGUAUCAAUGGGGUUGAACUCCUGAUAUUCCCAUCGAAUCAGCUUCCAGAGAAAUCCCAUCGUUGGAAUAUGUUGUUCUUCCUUUGGGGUGUGCUCAGAGGAAAGAAGAAGAAUUCGUUGCAUCAAGUUCCUGAUGAUCCUGAAAAAAAUUGUAUUCCCCAAGUCGCUUCCUCCAUCUCAACUGAUAAAAUGUCAUCGGUUGAGGAUGUGUGUUCACUUGGAUCUAUAGAUAAGGAACACGUUGAUUCUGAGUCCAUGGGCAAUUUGAAGUUGCCAACCUCUUCACUAGAAAGGGCAAUUGAUAUUGUUAAUGUAGUUCCAGUCAGCAGUGGUGAGAUUGUUUCUCUCAAACCCGUCACAGAUGGAAAUAUAUCAGUGGUGACCAAGAAUGACAGCCAAGAUACUGUCAACAGAAGUCCUGAAAUCGAUCAAAAACCAAUUUUGACAGAAGUUCCAACUGAGGAGCUAAACCGUCUGCAAGUUGAACCCAGAAAGCGUGCGUUUGUUGACCUUACAGAAGAUGAUGACACAAAUCCGAUAAACAUGUGGCAUGAUGCAAAUGUUAGCAAGAAGCAAAAGCGCGAUGAUUUAUAUGGGCAGAUUAGUUUGAAUAUAGAUUGUGGAACGAAGGAGAAUAGUAAUGGUGAAAGGUACUUCUUUCCGGUAGAUCCAAGAUGUGAGGUGAAGGAUUCAGGGAGUCUUAUUCCGUUCAUAGGUCCAUCUUUUCCGGUGAGAGUGAGGACACCAAAUCUGAAUCUUGCUUUAGGAGCGGAGAUGGAUGACGAGGAGAUACCAUCAUCAUCGUCGGGCUUAGUUGGAGGGUCGGAGCAGAGACUGAUGACGAAAAAGGAAGAAGAGGAGGAUGUGUUGUCUUCUCUAUCGCUGUCUCUUUCGUUUUCAGGAGGAAACAAGGAUGAAGAAGAUAAACGGAAUUCUUCUUCGAUGCUUCUGUUUAGAGAUAAGUAGGGAUGAUGAUAUAUUAUAUAUAUAUAUAUAUAUAUAGAUUUAAUACAGGGAUUGUGAAUAAUGGUUUUCAUGGCCAUGCUGAAGAAGGUAUGUUAUAGUUGCUUGUUUUGGUAUUGUGGUGUUACUUACAUGUUCAAUUUCAUCUUUUAGCAGAGGCAGAAGCUUAAAAAAAUGGUAGAUUUGAGGGGUGUUUUUAAAGAUUAUAUGUUGUAGUUGAUCCAUCUUAUGAAUCAAUGUCUUUGGAGUUAUUUGCA